GCCCUGAGCCUUUGAUGUGCGGAGGUGAGACGAGUGGGCGGGGCCAGGGAGAGGGGAUUUAAAGCAGAAGGGAGAGCGGAGGGGGAUCAGUUGGAAGGAGCAGACAUGCCUGAUAUGGAAUAUUCCGAUACUUUCCCCUCCAGGAAGAUCCUCAAACCGGUGGUGGAAAAACAGAGAAGGGACCGGAUCAACCGCAGCCUGGGGGAGAUGAGAAUCUUAUUGUUUCAACUCACCGGCAACCAGAAACUUCAAAAUCCUAAAAUGGAGAAAGCGGAAAUUUUGGAAUUGGCUGUGAUUUACAUCAGGAAUGUGACACGUAUGAAAACACAUGAUCCGAAUAAGUGGGCGUCUCCUGCUGAGAAGAUGUAUGUGUCAGGCUUCCGGGAGUGCUUGGACCGCACAGAAGAUUUCAUCAGCGAGAUCAGUCCCAAGGCCAGGGCUGUGUUUUUGGACAAUUUACAGACUCACCUCCAGCAGCGGCUGCUUUUGCCCCAGCAAGUCGGGGGUCCGGGUGGGGACCAUGAAGAAGACUUGAUGUCCAACGGGAGUGAACUGUCCCCCAUCAUGGAUUAUUCCAUCUCCAGGGAUGAGCUCAGCCUCUGCACCCCAUCCAGUUCCUUGGGCUCUGAGAGUGGAAGCCCCCCCGCAUGGCUGCCCUCCAGCCCCCCAAACCCACAUGAACAGCCGCCAUUGUACAUAUGGAGACCGUGGCCGUGAAACUUAUUGGGGGUUUUCUUUGUUCCUAUUGGCUAAUGUUCCUGUGUGAUAUGUACAUAGAACCCCGUAUGUAUCAUGAGUCUGUACAGUAUCUGUAUGACAUUGCUCGUAUGUUGUGCAUAUGGGGAGCUUUCUGCCACUGUGAUUGGCCGGAUUGAUAUUUUGCUGUUAUACAGCCUUUGUAUAUUUAACCUUUUAAUAAAAGCAUUUCUCUGUUUCAUA